AUGGCGCAACUUUUCCUCGUUUUCUUUUGUCUCAUCUUAGGGAAUAUUUCAUCCGGUAAGUCGUUUACUGAGUAAGGAAUAUUAUAGAGGGAUACUCCAUAUGGUAGUUUUCAUCAGAAAAAUAUCCUUACAAUAAAAGUAGUGAUGAACUAGCUAACAGAGACACUUAAAGAACGUUUUCCAGUGCAGCCUGAACGUACGAAAAAAAUGGAGCAUGAACUUGAUGACUCAAAAAGUAGCCUGGCUCAAAUUCUAAUUUGUUCUUUGUUCUGAUGUUUAAUUUUUUUAUUAUUAUUAUUUUUUUCUUUUUUUUUUUUGGUAAUUUGUUUGCUCCCAAGAAGCUAAGGAACUGUCAGUGAAGAAAUGAUAUGAAAGUGUUCGUGCGUUCCGGGUCGCGUUAGAAUUUCGAGGUAUUAAUUUUCGGUGAGGAAAGGGGAAAACCGGAGUUGUGGAGAGAACCAAUCACGAAUUCAAACAACACAUAUGAUGUCUGCCGAACCUUUGAUCCGCACUGGUGACAGGCGAGUGUUCUUACUGCUGCGUCAACCUUGUUCCCGAAAGCCGCAGGGAUCCUUAGGGGGCAGUUGAAUGGUCUUAGACUGGGGUUGCGUGAAUGGAAAUUCAAACUGGUGCAAUGACUGGGCUUGGCUAAAGUUACUUAGUUUACUAUUACAUGAAUGUAAAGGGUAUAAGGAAUCAACAAAAGAGAAGUAUAGUAGACUAAAAUUUAAAAAAGGGGGGCUGAUGGUUGAUGGGUUAUUUGGGUAACAUUGCCCUAAAACCAUGAUUGAUUGCUCUGUAGAAUGGAUUAAGAGGGGAGCUUAUUAAAGCAAAAGGGUUUUUGCAGGACUCACGUCAACCUCCUUCUUUAACGAUGUUUUGACGUUAUCAGAUUUGUUUGCUGAGUGCGGUUACUUUUAUAGAGACGAUUUGAUCGAGCAUGUGGGCCAAACGCUGCCCUAGAAGGCAAAAAUCCACUUACAGCUGACGUGCGCCGUUUUUGUUUUAAUUUACUAUUUCACUUCUAGACCGCAUUUAUAAUAGCGAGAUUCAGAUUUCUUGUGCUAACUUUUCAUGGUGUUACCAUUCAAAUUAAAUCUCUUUGGUACAAAGUUUGCGAGGUACUAUUAUAUUCUCAGGAUUAUACAAAGAGAAUUAAGAUUAUAUAUUUUAAGAAUCAGUCUUUCCUUUGGCAACUGAUAAGGGUGAACGGGUCUGAGCGGGGCCAUCUUGUUCAAGAGUGAGUGUUCCUUCAAAAUUGCAAGUUUACCCAAAAACGUAAGUUAAAAAUCGUGAUGGCCCUUUAUACAAUUUCAGCAAUGUGACAUUUUUGGGAUGAAACUAUAUGCUUUACAUUAUUUCUUUUUAAAAAGGCAGCGUAAAAUUGGCCCAACGGUUUAAUUUAUGUAUGCUUCAGUUUCUCACACAUACAAUCUAACACUGGAUGUCAUCACCGAUAAUAAAAUAUAUUUACAAUUAAUAUCACUCCGGCUGACAAAUCCGCCUUAGCAAUUUACAACUUGAAGAAUAAAAAAGAUUUAUUACCAGAUGUGUGUCAAAACUGAUAAAUUAUUUCUUUUUCUUUAUGUUUUCUAGGUAACACAUUUUGUGGAGUAGGAUUGCACAAUAGGAAGGGAGAUAGGCAAAGCGUACAAUCUAUUUUUCGCCGAAUUGUUGGCGGCACUGAAAGUAAACAGGGAUCUUGGCCAUGGCAGGUCGCUCUACUUUUUAAUGAAACACAGUUCUGUGGAGGAUCGCUUAUCUCUCCUUUCUGGGUUGUUUCUGCGAGUCAUUGUUUUCAUGGUAAAAUAAUAAACUAUUACAACUCUCUUUCUCUCUUUUUUUUCAGUGCGGCCCAUUGCGAAGAACUUAAAAACUUCGUAACUUUUAGUGUGUUAGAGAGAUCUAAAAGUAUCGAGUUUACGUGCUUUUCUAAUAUUAUUUUUUAUUAGCUUUGCCAAAAAUACUACAAAUUAGUCGAAGGAGAGUGGACCACGCAAAAAGAACUCCUAAUGUGGAAGACAUCGGCACAAGUUAAAUUUAUAACUCGUCAUGAAGAAAUAAUAAUGGACUCGAAGGUUGUGUUAGCUGACACAAGCACUGAUUAUUUCGGAUCCAAGUUGUUAGUUAGUUCUCAGUUCAAUACACAGUGCAUGUGGUUUUCCAAAACAAAUAAAAUUUGAAAUGUUUUCCAUCUUCGAGUUUUAACAGUGAUACGAUGCAACAUGGCUUAUAAACUAAGAGAGCCUGAAGGAAAAGAUUAAAUUGGGUUUGAAAUCAGAUUUGGGGUUUUUCAAGAGAGAAUGAGGGUUAUUUUAGUGCUUUUAAAAGAAUAAUUUUAGCAAACACCCAGUUUAAGUCUGAUCAAGAGUUUUUCCUGUAAUUAGAGCUAUUAUUUUAAUCGGAACAUCGGAGCAACUGAAGGACGUUAUAAAACAAAGCAAAAUAUAGUGUGUGAAAACACCCUCGAUAUUGCUUAUUAAGUUUCUGUCCAAACCAACUGGGGUCCAUAACGAAUCUCAGUUUCGGUGUAGGUGAUCUUCUUUUAUUUCUAUUCAAUGAGAUUGAAAUAUUUAUUUUAGACUUAUACACUUCAACAAACCCGUCCCACUGGAGAGUGGUCUUAGGCGAGCAUCAUCUGGUCGAUAAAGAAGCGUUUGAGCAGAGCAGACGGGUAGCAGAAAUUUAUCUCCAUCCAAAAUACAAGUCAAUGUUCCUUGAGGGAAUAUUGGAUACUCCACCUGACUAUGACGUAGGUGAGUAAACGUCCUAUACAUCCUUUCUUCUUUCUCGGAUACGCUCCUGUAACCGAAGCCCUAAUGCACCCAUAUAUGGGUUGGUUUGAACGAUGGAGGCUGCUGGGUGUUUCUGGAUACAGUCAGAUCAGGUUUAAUCAAUUCAAUAAUAGACCAAGUUAAAAGGAAUAUAAUUUGCCAAAUCUAACUUUAAAUUUGUGAACGACGUUCUAUAGUACGUGUUACAAUUCAAAUGAAAACUCUUCUGGAGAACUUUUAAUAAUAAUAAUAAUAAUAAUAAGGAUUUCUAUAGCGCCAUAUCCAUAUAGGCUCAUGGUACUUUAAUACUGAAUGUUUCAAACCGAAAAUUUUGUAGAUUAAAAAAAAUUACAUCAAUAAUAAACUGCACAAAUAUAGAAAAAUACAAGUUAAAAUUUCUUAUUAAAAAAGUAAAAUUAAAAGUAAAGAUUAAAAAUUACAAUUCUUAUCGCAAUAUUUACACUAUAUACAUUAUUCUGACAGAACUUUAAUUAAAAUGUUCUUUGAAUAAGAAAGUCUAAUUAUUGAAGUUUUAAAUUUUGAGUUGUCACCAUGAUUACGUAUGGGUUCUGGCACUGAGUUCCAAAUUGUAGGUGCUGCAAAUGAGAAUGACCUAAAGUCAUAUUUCUACAACUUUGCUGAUGGUAUUGUCAGGAACCUCAUAGAGGCAUAUCUUAAGCUUCUUGAUGAUCUGUAGGGUUGCAACAUUACUGUUAUAUAGAAAGGUGCAUGUGCUAAGCCAUGUAAGGCUUUAAAUGUUAACAGAAGUAUAUUGUAUUUGAUACGGCUGUAUAUGGGAAGCCAUAAUAUUAAUGCUAUCCUCUAUUCUCGUUCUCCUUUUCCUUUUCGCCAAGAAAUGCUGUGGCAAGCAUGCUAGUGUAGGUGCCAUCGAUAUGCUUUUCUGUGCAUAAUAGGUAAGAUAGGUUCAAGCAACAGAGAUUUUCUAAAACUGUGAAAGGUUUGAACCCAGGAGUCAUCAUAGUAGGUUGAAUAUGAUUGUCCGAGUAAACGUAGUCCUGAGUAGGACUGUGUUGUUGAUAAUGACAGUCGUUUCGACAACCUACCUGUGCGGUAGUCAUCUUCAGAGUCAAAGUGAGUCGUUUCACCUGAGUUAAUGGUAUUUAACUCGCUUUAUUGACCUGAUUGGUCAAUUAAGUCGCGGUGUUAUUGGUCGUCUGUCAGUUAAGUCGUGAUGCUAUUGGCUAUGAAGACUCAUGAUGUCAUGGGUGCGUUUCGAUCUCUGUGUUGUCACAGUUAAACAGUCGAUUAUUGUUAUUGUCAACAUUCAACUUUCAACUUCAACUUCAACUGGUGAUAUAACAAAAAAGUACAUUGGGACUGGCCUGCAGUUAGCGAGGCUAUUGGAGCCAGGCCAGGCUACAUGAUUUACUACAAACUAGACAAAUACAAAAAAAUUAGACGUUAUAUAAUAUACAUUUUACAGUAAAUAAAUACUAUUCUAGUUAAAUACAAGGACAAUAUUGGGGUGAAAUUUUGAAAAUAAAAUGGAAAUAAAGGACAAGAGAAUUGCUCUUUCAGUUUCACAAAAAUCGUAUCUACAUCAGUAUAGGACUCUUAAGUUUGAAGGAUAUCGAGUAGCAUUGCUUUUAGUGAUCUUUUAAAAGCUUUUUUCGGUCUUUCUUUAAGAAUUUGAGGUACCCCACUCCAAAUUUUGACCCCAACACGCGAGAAAGCAUUUCGUCUGACAUUGGGUCGAGAUUUUUUAGUAUAAAAAUGUUCAGAGGUUGAGGCACGUGUAUUGUAAGUAUGAACACUAGAAAUUCGAGAAGAAGAGUUUCAAAAUAUUAUCCGGAGCAGUGUUUUUAUUUGCAUCACACAUAAGACUUCAAACGGAUUCAUAACAUAGAGCCUGUAAAGUUAGAAUUUAUGCGUUGGAAAAAAAGGUAUAUUAUAUAUUGCGUGGUCGUUUGUUUCAGCAAAAUAUAUUAAACGCAGUGUGCGUUUUUGAACGACAAGAAUUUGGUCGAGGAAAGUUUUACACGCGUUGCCCCAAGAGAUAAGACCGUAGGUUGGAUAAGGUAUAAUUAAUGACUGAUAAAUAUUUAGGAGGGUGCAAAUGGGAACAAUAUGUCUUAAUCUCGCAAUUAGCCUAAUUGUUUUUAAUUACUUAUUUUGUUUGCAACAGAGUGAAUAUGGGUCUUCCAAGGUAGAUUUUCAUCGAUUAACAGUCCAAGAUAUUUAAUAAAGUUUUUGCGCUCAAGGGUAACCUUUUUACUGCUUUCAUUGUCAAAAACAUCAACCUGGGGAUAAUAGAUGAGUUGGUUGGGUAUGGAGGAAAAAUUACAUAGUUUGACUUUUUAAUAUUCAGAUAGAGCUUAUUUGACGUCAGCCAGUUGUACAAGUUGUGUAAUUCUGCAUUUACUGUUAGUUCCAGCGUCUAUAAAACUUUAUGAGCAUAAAGAACGUUAGUGUCGUCAGCAAACAGGAAAAAUGGGAGUUUGCUCGAACAAUAUUGGAUGUCUUUUAUAUAAAGCAAGAAGAGAAAUAAACCUAGAACAGAUCCUUGGGGUACGCCGCAAUUGAUAUUUAAUUUACUAGAUAUAUUAGAGCCAAUUUCAGUAGUUUGUGUGCGAUUUGAUAAAUAAGAGGAAACUCAUUGAUUGAAAAUUCCACGGAAGCCAUAAUAAUUUAGUUUAUCAAGCAAAAUAGUAUGAUUCACAGUGUCAAAGGCUUUUUUAAGUCAAUAAAAACGCCACAUACAAAGAGUUUUUUGUUCAUAUUGGUUUGUAUAGUUUCUACCGUAUCAAGAAUAACAUGUUGGGUUGAGUGAGCUUGACGAAAACCAUAUUGAGACGAAUAUAAUAGGCUGGGCUUUUUCAAUAAAGUCUCUCAUUCUGUCGUACAUAAGUUUUUCGAAGAUUCUAUUGAAAUUAGAUAAUAAUGAAAUUGGCCUAUAAUUAGAAGUGUCGGUCUCGUCGUCAGCUUUGAUGAUAGGUAUAAUUUUUGACAUUUUAAGUUUUUUGGGGUAGGCCCCAAGAGAAACAGGUGUAUUAAGAAUGUCUGAAAGCACUGGAGAUAUGACUUCGCUUAAGUAUUUACGAAGUUGAGUAGGACAGGAGUAUAAGCCAUGCGAUUUGCUGUUUGGUAUAGAUAAAAUUUAAAAUGGAAUUUCAGAUGGAGUUACAGGUUUGAAGAAAAACUAAAGUUCUGGUGAACUGGACUUUCUUAGGUACUCUGUGAAUGGGCGCUCUGCUGGUGGAAUUUUUAGCAGCGACAACGCGGUUAAGCACAUAUUUGCUGAGAAAAACACGUAUCGGGGGAUUGGAAACAUGUUGGGGAUAUGUUUUUGUUGUGUCCGACCCCCACCCUAACGAUAUAAUUAUUAAUAUUAUUUAAUAUUAUUUUUUUGCUCGAAGAAAAUUGUCCGUAUUUUUUAUCAAUGAGGUAAAGUACCGAUACUUACUACCUGGAAAACCAGGUGCCAUUUUUACCAGCCAACAUUGAGUCGAUUAUUGGAUGAUUAAAUUUCUUUUACUUAUUAGGAGAUAUUUAGGAAUGUACCAUGCUUGAAGAAGACGAAUAACAAGCACAGUAAAUGUUUUUAUCUAUCUCAGCCCUAGUCCGUCUAUCUGAGCCCGCAGUCUAUGACGAGUUUGUGUCUCCAAUUUGCCUUCUUCGACCUGGGGUAAGGUUCCCUUGGGGAAAGGAGUGUUUCGUCACUGGCUGGGGUCACACCCAGUGGAAUAGCACUAAACCGGACAUCUUGAGAGAAGCCAAAGUACGUCUGGUUCCGACAAGUAUUUGCAACCAUGCCAAGUCCUAUCAUGGAAACAUUCAUUCCAGAGCUCUGUGUGCGGGAUACGCGAAAGGAGGCGUUGACGCUUGUCAAUACGAUAGUGGAGGGCCACUGGCGUGCCAGUACCAAGGGCAGUUUUAUCUAACCGGCGUGGUAUCUUGGGGCCACGAAUGCGCAAGGCCACACAAAUAUGGUGUCUAUGCUAGUAUGUUUGAGCUCACAAAGUGGGUAGAAAAAGUGCUGGAAACAGAGAGCAAUAUAGAGAUUUAGCUUUUGCCCAAAUAUAAACAAAAUAUGUAACUUCCCACACAAACACUUUAGGGCCUCGUCACGAGUUCCUUCAUUAACCCUUUAAGCCCUAAGAGUUAUCAGCAUCAAAUUUCUCCUUGUAAUAUCAAUGCUUUGUAAAACAGAGUGGUCAUGAGAAUUACGGACAUGAUCACACAAGAUGAAUUUGCUUGAUAUUUUAUCAACUUCUCCCCACUACUUCGGUAGGAAAUUAAUAGGGGCAACAAAUGAGAAUUCAAAGUUUGAUCUUAGGGUUUAAAGGGUUAAGAACGUAUUAUAUAGAGGGAGUGUCUCAAUGGGGUUAACCGUCAGAUGUCAAACGGACCAAAAUUUAACCUUCAACAGUCAAAAAGGUUAUUUUUUUACCGUCAACCGUCAGAAGUGCAGAGGAAUAUUAACCGUCAAAACGUUUCAAGGUAUUUCAAACCUCACCCAGUUAGCGCGACAAGCAUUUGCUAUAAUUUCUAAUCAUUUGGCUAUGCUCUCUAUCUUGCUAAUUGUAAGAAUAUAAUUACUUCGGAAUCCCUUUUUCCCGGGGUGCUAAUAAAGAUUGAUUGAUUGAU